AUGGCAUGCUCCCUGCGGAAACUACACACCUUCUGCUGGUUUCUCAUCACACUAGCCCAAGUGCACUCCACAGAGGGGUGUAGUCGAGCUGCCCUGCCGUUCGGCUUAGUACGGAGGGAGCUGUCUUGUGAGGGUUACCCCAUCGAUCUGCGCUGUCCAGGAAGUGAUGUCAUAAUGAUCGAAAGUGCCAACUAUGGCCGAACAGACGACAAGAUCUGCGACGCCGACCCUUUCCAGAUGGAGAACAUCAACUGCUAUCUUCCAGAUGCCUACAAGAUCAUGUCACAAAGAUGCAACAAUCGGACCCAGUGCAUUGUGAUCACGGGUUCAGACGUCUUCCCUGACCCCUGCCCAGGAACCUACAAAUACCUGGAGGUCCAGUAUGAGUGUGUGCCCUACAAAGUGGAGCAAAAAGUUUUUCUUUGUCCUGGGACUCUGAAAGCUGUCGGUGAUCCUUCCUUUCUAUUUGAAGCGGAGCAACAAGCUGGUGCCUGGUGCAAAGACCCACUGCAAGCCGGCGACAAAAUCUACUUUAUGCCGUGGACUCCUUACAGGACAGACACUCUCAUUGAGUAUUCCUCCCUGGAUGACUUCCAAAACGCCCGGCAGACCAUCACCUACAAGCUGCCCCACCGGGUGGAUGGGACUGGAUUCGUGGUCUACGACGGGGCCGUGUUUUUCAACAAGGAACGCACGCGCAACAUCGUGAAGUUCGACCUGCGGACUCGAAUCAAAAGCGGCGAGGCGAUCAUCAAUAAUGCCAACUACCACGACACGUCCCCCUACAAGUGGGGUGGAAAAACAGACAUUGACCUGGCGGUAGACGAGAACGGGCUGUGGGUGAUCUACGCCACAGAGCAGAACAACGGCAUGAUGGUUAUCAGCCAGUUGAACCCCUACACGCUACGUUUUGAGGCUACCUGGGACACGGCCUAUGACAAGCGCUCAGCCUCCAAUGCCUUCAUGGUUUGUGGAGUACUGUAUGUGGUCCGCUCCACCUAUGAAGACAAUGAAAGCGAGGUCAGCAAGAGCCUGAUCGAUUACAUUUACAAUACCAAACAGAACCGUGGGGAAUACGUUGACAUCCACUUUCCCAACCAGUACCAGUACAUUGCAGCUGUGGAUUACAAUCCGCGAGAUAACCAGCUCUAUGUGUGGAAUAAUUUUUACAUCCUAAGGUACAAUCUGGAGUUCGGCCCACCUGAUCCAGCACAUGCUCCACCACUGUCAGAAGUCACCACGUCCCCUCAGCCUCAGAGAACUACAACCACCACCACAACAACCACAGUGCACCGGGGUGUGGCCAACACUACCACCACAACAGGGCUCAGGGAGGGCAGCAGGGGAGCACCCAAGCCGCCUCCUGUGAUUCCACAGACUACUUCCCCUCCACCCCUGGAGUCCUUCCCUUUACCUGAGCGCUUCUGCGAGGCCACCGAGAAAAGAGACAUCAUGUGGCCUCAGACCCAGAGGGGAAUGCUCGUGGAGCGACCUUGCCCCAAGGGAACACGAGGCACAGCCUCUUAUUUAUGUGUCCUUUCCACUGGGGCCUGGCACCCGAAGGGCCCUGAUCUCAGCAACUGUACCUCCCACUGGGUCAACCAAGUAGCCCAGAAGAUCCGCAGCGGUGAAAAUGCAGCUAACUUGGCCAACGAGUUAGCCAAGCACACCAAAGGCCCCAUCUUUGCCGGGGACGUCAGCUCCUCUGUGCGCCUAAUGGAGCAGCUGGUGGACAUCCUGGAUGCUCAGCUGCAGGAGCUCAGACCCAGCGAGAAGGAUUCUGCAGGACGGAGCUUCAACAAGCUUCAAAAACGAGAAAGGACAUGCAGGGCAUACAUGAAGGCCAUUGUGGACACCGUAGAUAAUCUUCUGCGACCAGAGGCCUUGAAGUCCUGGCAAGACAUGAAUAGCACAGAACAAACACACGCAGCCACCAUGUUACUGGAUACUUUGGAGGAAGGGGCUUUCGUCCUUGCCGACAACCUCAUGGAACCUGCUUUUGUCAAAGUUCCUGCAGACAAUAUAAUCCUGGAUGUGUAUGUACUCAGCACGGAUGGCCAGGUCCAGGAUUUUAAAUUCCCACAAUCCAGCAAAGGCGGUAUCUCCAUCCAGCUCUCGGCCAACACUGUCAAGCUCAACAGUCGGAAUGGAGUUGCCAAGCUGGUUUUCGUCCUCUACAAAAACCUGGGCCAGUUCCUCAGUACAGACAACGCCACCAUCCAGAUGGCCAACGAGGCUUAUGGCCGCAACGUGUCGGUGGCCGUCAACUCUGACAUCAUUGCUGCCUCACUCAACAAAGAGUCCAGCCGUGUAUUCAUUAAUGACCCGGUGAUUUUUACCCUGGAGCACAUUGAUAUGGAGCACUACUUCAACUCCAAUUGCUCCUUCUGGAAUUACUCUGAGAGGAGUAUGAUGGGCUACUGGUCCACCCAAGGCUGCAAGCUCCUGGAUUCCAAUAAAACACACACCACCUGCUCCUGCAGUCAUCUCACCAACUUUGCCAUCCUCAUGGCGCACCGUGAAAUCUCCGUUAAUGGCAGAGUCCAUGAGCUUCUUCUUACCGUCAUCACCCGCGUCGGGAUCGUGGUGUCCCUCGUCUGCCUCAGCAUCAGCAUCUUCACCUUCUGCUUCUUCCGGGGCCUGCAGAGUGAUCGCAACACCAUCCACAAGAACUUGUGCAUUAAUCUCUUCAUCGCCGAGUUAAUAUUCCUAAUUGGUAUCGAUAUGACGGAACCCAGGAUUGGAUGCGCCAUCAUCGCGGGGAUCCUUCAUUUCUUCUUCCUGGCUUCCUUCUCCUGGAUGUGUCUUGAGGGGGUACAGCUGUACCUCAUGCUCGUGGAGGUCUUUGAGAGCGAGUACUCGCGGAAAAAGUACUACUACGUGUCUGGUUACCUCUUCCCUGCCAUCGUGGUCGGUGUCUCCGCAGCCAUCGACUACGGGAGCUACGGGACCGAGAAAGCGUGCUGGCUAAGUGUGGAUAAUCAUUUCAUAUGGAGUUUUAUAGGACCUGUCACCUUUAUCAUCAUGCUCAAUCUCAUCUUCCUGGUCAUCACAAUGUACAAAAUGGUGAAGCACUCUACCACCCUGAAACCAGACUCUAGCCGACUGGAGAAUAUAAAUAAUUAUCGCGUUUGUGACGGCUACUAUAAUACAGAUUUGCCUGGCUAUGAAGAUAAUAAACGGUUUAUCAAGUCCUGGGUCAUGGGUGCCUUUGCCCUGCUGUGCCUGCUGGGUCUGACGUGGUCCUUUGGUCUCUUCUUCAUCAACGAGGCCUCGAUUGUCAUGGCGUACCUCUUCACCAUAUUCAACACCUUCCAAGGAAUGUUCAUCUUCAUCUUCCAUUGCCUUCUCCAGAAGAAAGUCCGCAAAGAGUACAGCAAGUGCUUCCGCCACACGUACUGCUGCGGAGGGCUGCCGACUGAGAGCUCCCACGGUUCUGCAAAGACCUCCACCACACGGACCAGCGCUCGCUACUCCUCUGGUACACAGAGUCGUAUCAGGAGAAUGUGGAAUGACACCGUAAGAAAGCAAUCUGAGUCCUCCUUUAUCUCAGGUGACAUCAACAGCACCUCCACCCUUAACCAAGGAAUGACCGGGAAUUAUCUACUAACAAAUCCUCUUCUUCGACCACAAGGCACUAACAACCCUUAUAACACCUUACUGGCUGAGACAGUCGUAUGUAACACCCCCACGGCUCCAGUGUUUAACUCGCCAGUGACCUACAGAGAGACAAGGCACUCACUGAACAGUGCGGUGAGGGAUACGAGUGCAAUGGAUACUCUACCGCUAAAUGGUAACUUUAAUAAUAGCUACUCGCUCCGCAAUGGGGACUUUGGCGACAGUGUGCAGGUAGUAGACUGCGGCCUCAGUCUGGACGAUGCUGCCUUCGAGAAAAUGAUCAUCUCUGAGCUAGUUCACAACAACCUGCGUGCCUGUAACAAAAGCCACCAACAGCAACAGCAGCAGCACCCCAGUUUACAUCAUCCGCCCCACCACCACCAGCAGCCCCCGCAAUACCACCAUCACCACCACGUGGAGCGGGCUCCGCCCAAGGUGACGGUGAUAGGCGGCAGCAGCAGUGAAGACGACGCUAUCGUAGCUGACGCUUCGUCUUUGGUGCACAUGGGUGACACUGUGGGCCUCGAGCUGCACCAUCAGCAGGAGCUGGAGGCGCCGCUCAUCCCCCAGCGGACUCACUCCCUUCUGUACGCUCCCCAGAAGAAGGUGAGGACCGAUGGGGGAGUUGAUACCUUUGUCAGCCAGCUGACACCCACCAACCCCGACGAUAGUCUGCAGUCCCCAAACAGAGACUCCUUGUACACUAGUAUGCCUAAUCUUAGGGACUCGCCGUUCCCAGAGAGCAGCCCCGAUGUGGUGGAGGACCUGUCCCCUUCUAAGAGGAGCGAGAAUGAGGACGUUUACUACAAGAGCAUGCCUAACUUAGGGGGUGGCCACCAGCUCCAAGCCUAUUACCAGAUAGGCCGAGGGAGCAGCGAUGGUUACAUUAUACCUAUUACUAAAGAGGGCUGCAUCCCUGAGGGCGAUGUACGGGAAGGACAGAUGCAGUUAGUGACAAGCCUUUAAAUGUAUUUAAAUCGCCCCCCGAACCUCUUCCUUCCCUUUUGCAGCCCUUACCUCUUGGAGGACAUGCGAGGGAAGGGAUAGGGAAGGGAAGAGUUUGUUUUCUGUUUGAAGCAAGCCUGGAAGCCCUGUCAUACACACUAGCCAUUUACAAACCUCCCUUUCCCCCAUCUGCAUUGCCAUCUCCUUUACCCCGGACAUGCCACUCUUCCUACCUUCCCUGCAGACCAACAGACUUGGUGCACAGCGAUGGCAGUGCAAAGUUUUAAUGAGACUGUACAUAAAAUGCAGAGUCAAAUUUCAAGUUUAAGAGACAAGCCAACUAUGUAUUUAAAUGUGCUGCUGCUGUUGAGUAAUUGAGAAAAAUUUAAGGUACGAAAAUAAAAAAAAUAAAUAAAAAAAAGACAAAAAAAAAAGAAUAAUUACCGACUACAUCAGAUCAGCAAUUUCCCCCGGUCUAAAGGUUGUACAUACACUCCCAAACAUCCUCGUUGAAGCCUAUUUUUUUUUUUUUUUUGUUUUGUUUUUUCUGUUAUUGGAAACAAAACAACAGCCCUGGACCAGGUCAUGGACAAUGUUUGUAAAAUGUUCCUGAUCAGACUGUCAGAGAAGGAAUAUAAUGUCCUGGUCGCCCAGAGUCGUUCUCCAUCACAAUGAAGUUUGGAUUGUAUAACCACUAGCAAUCAAGCCCCUGGCCUUAUAUUUUCUCAACUGUACAUUGAACUGUUGUCAAGGAAAAUGGCUAAAAUAUAUAUUUUGUUGUAUUGCUAGUGUAAAAUAAAAAUUCAUGGGAAACCGUAAAUAUGAAGAAACCUUUUAAUUGCAAAAUUUUACGUUUGAGAGACUAUUGUGUAGAAGUUGCACAUAUGUUAUACAGUGUGUUUAUGGUUCCAACACUUCAUUCAUGGUGGUAUGUUUGAACGUAACGGCUUAUGAAAAGAAAGGAGGAUUCAACAAAUUACAAAGAUGCAUUAUCACUUUUUCCACUUGUGAACAGUGUUUUUUGCUUAAAUGAGUUCCAUUGAUGCCGCCCAUCGCAAUAUGUUCAUUCGGCAUUACUUUAGUAGAAUGGGAAUGCAAAAACCCAGUUAAAGUGAUUUAUGCAUUGCACAGUUUUUUUGUGUAAUUCUGAAUGAAAUAGAUCUUUUUAAGUGAUGGGCAAGCGCAACUGAAUUGAAACCAACUUUUGACAAUAAAGUUUCUAUCAUAAAUGUAGUUCUUCCGCGUGGGUUUGGACAUUUUAUUUAUUAAAAUCUUUCCAAAAGAUAAGUGGGAAAUGUGUGAAUAUUUUCCAGCACUGGUAUACAUGCUGUACUGUAGCUCAUGUUUUUUAUGUAAACAUGUUACCAAGGGGCUCAUCACUUAAGACUGAUGUAAAGUUCAACACUUGUUUAACAAAUAAAAUAAAUGUGAGAUUUUUUGUCUAAUGCCAGUUGCUUUUUAAUGUUUUCUGUUUUUGGUACUAUUUGAGAAAACAGGUUUAAUUAUUUUGCUAUGGACAAAAUACACUUUUGACUCAGGUUAUAAGAAAAGUCCCGAGCACCUUGAAAGGCAAAUUGGUGGAUUUGUUUUCUAGGGGAUUUGUUUGCUUUAUGUUCUGCUUUUCUUCAGUCGCUGCAGAGUAGAGAGAGCUCAUUUCACCAUAUGUGUUAGAGAAGCCAAAUCUUUCCAUGUGAUUCAAAGAUGAGAA